GUAGCUGAACAACAGUAGAAAUGAAGGUUUUAGGAUUCCUUCUAUUAGCGGUGCCUUUGGCCAUGGCUGCCCCCGACAGGAGGAGCAACCCUUUUUUGGAUGCAUUCUUGAAUGUUUUCCACACCGAUGAGAUCAAGACCAUUGUGACAGAUCUAUACCACAGCAUGGGAACUGAUGAGCGUGAAGCUGAAUGUGAGAGCGAAUGCAUUAAAUUAGUCGAUACCCAGUUCGCUACAGGAUCCCUAAACACAAUUGGACACACGUCCUGUCCACUCAUCUGCCACUCAUACCAGGAGUUGGUACACCAUUUCGAUAUAGCACCAUCGACUGCUGCAACAUCUGCUCCCAGCAAGAGGGCUCUCAGUCUAAACCCUCUGCUGACUUCAAUCUUGAAUGUAUUCCAUGCUGACGAGGUUAAGACCAUUGUAACUGAUCUGUACCACUCCAUGGGAACUGAUGAACGUGAGGCUGAGUGCGAGAGCGAAUGCAACACACUUAUGGAUACCCAGUUCCAGACCGGUGCUUUCAACACCAUCGGACAUACCUCCUGUCCACUCAUCUGUCACUCAUUCCAAGAACUCGUCAAACAGUUCGACCUCGCCCCCACCGCCGCCCCCGCCCCCGCUGCUGGUACCAGUGCUAAACGCUCAUUUGGUUCCAACGUAUUAAACUCCAUCUUGAAUGUUUUUCACGCCGAUGAGAUCAAGACUAUCGUGACUGAUCUGUAUCACAGCAUGGGAACAGAUGAGCGUGAAGCUGAAUGCGAGAGCGAGUGCAACAAGUUAGUCGAUACCCAGUUCGCUACAGGAUCCCUAAACACAAUUGGACACACCUCCUGUCCACUCAUCUGCCACUCAUACCAGGAGUUGGUACACCACUAUGAUUUAACACCCUCGACUGCUGUCGCAUCUCCUCCCGUCAAAAGAGCCUUCAGUCUUAACCCUCUGUUGUCUUCCAUCUUGAAUGUAUUCCAUGCUGACGAGGUAAAGACCAUUGUUACUGAUCUGUACCACUCCAUGGGAACUGACGAGCGUGAAGCUGAGUGCGAGAGCGAAUGCAACACACUUAUGGAUACCCAGUUCCAGACCGGUGCUUUCAACACCAUCGGACAUACCUCCUGCCCACUCAUCUGUCACUCAUUCCAAGAACUUGUCAAACAUUUCAACAUCGCCCCCGCCGCCGCCCCAUCUGCUGGUACCAGUGCCAAACGCUCAUUCGGUUCCACCGUACUGAACUCCAUCUUGAAUGUUUUCCACGCUGAUGAGGUCAAGACCAUUGUGACCGAUCUGUAUCACAGUAUGGGAACUGAUGAGCGUGAAGCUGAGUGUGAGAGGGAGUGCAGUAAUCUCAUUGAGACCCAGUUCCAUGCCGGAACCAUUAACACCCUUGGACACACAUCUUGUCCCCUCAUCUGCCACUCGUUCCAAGAACUCGUCAAACAUUACGACAUCGCCCCUCAAACUGCCGUUCCCGCUGCUGGUACAAGUGCUGCUAAACGCUCAAUGACUUCCAACCUGAUCCUCAACUCUAUUUUGAAUGUUUUCCACGCUGAUGAGAUCAAGACCAUUGUGACCGAUCUGUAUCACAGCAUGGGAUCUGAUGAGCGUGAAGGUGAAUGUGAGAAGGAGUGCAGCAAUCUUAUUGAGACCCAGUUUCACGCCGGAACUAUCAACACCCUCGGACAUACCGCUUGUCCUCUCAUCUGUCACUCAUUCCAGGAGCUUGUCCAUCACUUCGAUGUCUCCGCUACUCCAGCACCAACAGGGUCAACCAACAAGCGGGACCUAAACCCCCUGGUGAACGCCGUUUUAAACAUUUUCCACGUUGAUGAGAUCAAGACCAUCGUGACCGAUCUGUACCACAGCAUGGGAUCUAAUGAGCGCGAGGCUGAGUGUGAGAAAGAGUGUAAUAGUCUCGUCGAUACCCAGUUCAGCACUGGAUCCACCAAUACAUUAGGACACACCGCUUGUCCUCUUGUCUGUCACUCAUUCCAAGAACUUGUGGGACAUUUCGACCUUAGCCCAUCGACUGCUCCAGCCACGGGCAUGACACCAGUGUAAAGAUGCCUCAUCAACAAAACGCGAAAUUUACUCCUGUACUUCUUUGGUUGAUACUUAUUAAAAUGAUUGUUAUCUGGUAAA